AUGACCACUUACGAGAACUUGCCUCCGCGUCAGAAAUCGCAGAGACUUUUGGCAAAAGCCAAGGCAAGGACCCAAGAAUCACAAACACUGGAGAACAUGGUGACGAUAUCCAAUCCUGUGAUGACUGAUCUGUAUCCAGGUCUCAACGACAUCACGGAUGCGUUCGAAGCCUUUCCUAUGGAGCUAGUGAGAUAUUUCACUCUUAUUAAGGAGAUCGAUGCCAAAUGUGUGAAUACGGUGCCGUAUUUGAAGGCAUACAUCACAAAGUUUCUGGUUAUGGAGAAGGCUCAUCCAAAGAGAGAGAGGCUUUUGACUUUAAUCCGGGAUUUAAUCAAGGAGCUGAUGCCUUGUAUGGAGGAGAAAAUGCAGGUGGCAACUUUAGCUGCUGAUACAGUGAGAAAGCAUCUGAAUCGCAUAGAUGACGAUUUCGUACUGAUUGAGCGAGAUGAAAUUCCAGCAAACAUCAGAAUCGGUCCCUUGGACCACCCCGCCAUCUUGUCGGAUUCUAAGCUUGCGGACCCGGCUAAGUCUGCCCAGGCCCAGAGGAGUGAGCUGAGAAGGGAGACUUUGGCUGCGAAAAAAGCCAAUCAGACUGGUGAUGACGAGGAAUCAGCUGGAACUUCCACACCAGCUCCAACUUCUUCGAGGAAGACUGUCAAAACAACAGCGAGAACCGCUGGAAAAGAGCCAGUGUUCCAGACUACACCAACAAUCGUCGCUCCGGUUCCAAACGCGGUGUCCGGCAAGAAACGAAAGACUGCUGCUACCAAUACCCACAACGGUUCGAACAACCAUAGUUCUACGGGGGACGGAAACAGCCGGUUUACUGAGCCACCGGAGUUGGAGGAAUCCAGACCUUUGUCUCCACCAAAUGCUAAGAGAAGACAAACUAGCAAGAAGAAGGGAGUUAAUGGCCCUGGUGCCCUUGAGCGCGACGAGGACGGUUUGGAUGCCGAGGAUGCUGGACCAAGCACUCCAUCGCAUGAGCCGGUUUAUUGCUACUGUCAGCAGGUUUCUUAUGGUGAAAUGGUGGCUUGUGAUGGCAGUGGCUGCGUGAUUGAAUGGUUCCACUUGCCUUGCACUGGACUGAAUGCUCCGCCCAAGGGCAAGUGGUAUUGCAAUGAUUGCAAGGCGAAGAUGAAGAAGCGUUAA